AUGCCAGAAAAAGGCCCUUUACCAGGCAGCGCACUUCCAGAUCCCCCAACGUACGAAGAUGCAACAGCCACAACAACGACUACAACAACAACCCGCCCAAACCAACCUAGACCACCAUUCCCUCUCGCCCUCCCCAUCCUCCACCAACUCCGCAGCAAACGCGUAAUCCUCGCUUCCCAAUCCCCGCGCCGCAAACAAAUAAUGUCCUAUCUGGGUCUGCCCAACCUCGAAAUCAUCCCCUGCACCGAACCAGAAGACUUCCCCAAAACUAUGGGCCCCAUCGACUACGUGCUUGCGACAGCCACCAAAAAGGCACAGAUCAUCUACAGACAGGAAGUCGACAAUGCAGAAAAGGGAGAACCAGGUCUGAUACUCGCUGCAGACACAAUCGUCGUUGAUGGCGCGCACGGCGGCGCAAUACUCGAGAAGCCGAGAUCCGAAGCGCAUCAUGUCGCGAUGCUCAAAGAUCUGAGGGAUGCGGGGAGACAUAUGGUUUAUACGGCUAUUGUGGCCAUGGUACCGCUAGCGAGUGCGCGGAUGCCGGGCUAUGCGAUUGAGUCGCAUGUUGAGGAGACCAGUGUCCAGUUUGAUUCGGGUGUCACGGACGAGCUGAUUGUGGCAUACGUCAAGACGAGAGAAGGAGCGGAUAAAGCGGGUGGGUAUGGGUUGCAGGGUUUAGGGUCGAUACUGGUGAAUAAGAUUGAGGGCAGUUAUGAUAAUGUGAUUGGGUUGCCGUUGAAGGCGACGUUGCAGGUUAUUCAAAAGGCGGUCCUAAAGGCGGAUGAUGAUGAUUUGUUGCCGGAGGAAGAGGUGGAUGAUGAUGAGUUUGAGGGUUGA